AAAACAAAAAAACGCAACCCUAUUUUCAUAUGACUGUGAUAACCUGUUCUAGAAAUUUUGUAGGUUCGCAAUUUACCCACUUUGUUUUAAGGGUUUACACUUUCUGCACGACGAUGAUCUGCUGUGUGUAGCGUCUCUACAGGGUACGAUUCAAGGCCAAGCUUUUUCACUAUCGUAUAAACUAUAAUUUGUAAAUUAUCAUUAGCUGUUUAACGUUGUUAUCACUUAGCGUCCUUCCAGAAAAACAAACCAAACAAUAUUUAAGUAAUAAUUUCAUUCAUACAUUCUGCUUAGUAGAAAAUUGUUGAUACACCUGAGAUUUCAAAUUAAAGAACUCAUAACUUAGCAUGGUGCAGCCAAUGCAGAUAUUACGAACAAGUAAAAUUUUGUGGAGAGAAACUGUGAGAUGGACAUGUAAACAAAGAUUAGCAUCAUGGAAUCCCCAUAACACUUCAGCUUAUUGUGUUCAGCUUAACAAAGAAAUGUGUACAGCUUUGAUAAACGUUCCCAGUUUUUCUUCAUUUACGAACAACAACUUGCUCAAUAUAUCUUUUUCAAUGUAUCUUCUUCAUUCAAGAUCAUAUGCAAAAAAGAAAACUAAGGAUCCAACAGGUAAAUCCAAAGGUCCACAACCAAAGGCUAUACUCAAAGAUGAGGAACUUAUGGAAGUAAUACAAGUGGAUGUCAUGAAACAUCAAAUGCAGCAGGUUGUUGAAAAACUUCAUGAUGAUUACAUACAACAUGUGACAGUUCGUUCAACGGCUGGAAGUAUUGAGAAUGUGCAAGUAAAUAUUGAAGGGAGCAUUUAUCCUCUAAACCAAGUAGCCCAAAUAGCUCGAAAAAAUCCCCAGUUAGUUGUUAUCAACAUGAGUAGUUUUCCUGAGGCAAUUAAAUCGGUUUUGCAAGGUAUUGUAGACUCUGGUAUGAACCUAAACCCACAGCAGGAAGGAACAAUGAUUUAUCUGCCAAUCCCCAAGGUAACACGGGAGCAUCGAGAGAAAUUAGCCAAAAAUGCCAAGGCAUUGUUAAACAAAGCAAAAGAAGAUAUGCGAAUCAUUCAGAAUAAAUACAUUUCACUGGCCAAAAAGCACAAAAGCGAAUUUUCUGAAGAUCUUAUUUAUGAUGUUCAGGAACAAGUUAAACUUAUAGCAAAUGAAUAUGUUGCAGAGGGGGAGAAAAUGAUGAAUGCCAAACAGAAAGAACUUCUUGGAGACCAAUAGUUAAAAAGUAUACAAUGAAAUAUUAGUUGUUAAUGAUGCACAUCAUAACUUGGAAUGUCAUACUUACUUCUGUAAAAUGUCCUAAAAAGAAGAAAUGGUAUUAAUCAUAUAUAAUAAACAAAUAUGUUUUCAUUUCUAGUGUAAUUGUAUCUUAAAUACAAUUAAAACACAAUAAACAAUGCAAUCAUUGAUAUAGUGACUCUUGAAGUUGGCUACAUUUUGGAAAGUUAAAUUACUACUUAGUUGUUUCAUUUAAAGGCACAUUUGUAUAUAUUGACUCAGUGUUAAAAUGAGCACUAUAGACUGUUUCAUGAAACACUAAUUUAGAAAGAUCUUUGGGAAACUUAAAUCUAGAAAUUUAUAAUUGUAUGUGUGUUUUGUAUAUUUAUUUAUUUAGUGUGUCAAUAGAGUUAUGGUUGUAGUUUACUAUUUAAAAAUAUGUGUAGUAACUUAGAUAUCUGGAGUUAAAAGAGCACUGUAGACUGUUUCAUGAAACACUAAUUCAGAAUGAUCUUUGGGAAACUUAAAUCUAGAAAUUUAUAAUUGUAUGUGUGUUUUGUAUAUUUAUUUAUUUAGUGUGUUAAUAGAGUUAUGGUUGUAGUUUACUAUUUAAAAAUAUGUGUAGUAACUUAGAUAUCUGGAGUAAUUGUACACAUUGUAAAUUUUUUAAAUGAAUUUAUACAAUAUAAUUUGGUUCCUAAUUUGUUUAAACUUUAAAUUAAGAUCGAGUAAAUUAUAUAGAUCUUUGUAAAACAAGUUUUUAUGAUUAGAAUUAAAAUAUAUACUUAAAAUACAAAAAUGUUUCACAACAAAAAAUGAGUUAAUGUGGUGGAAAAUUUGAAAGAAGUUGUAUCAAGAUUGGAUUUUAUACAUCUGUGUCAUGUUACUGAAUUAAAAAAAAAUCUUACUGAACUGAGAUUAAAACAAAGUUUUGCAGAUCAAAAUAUGAAAAGUUUAGUGUUCCUACUUUUUUAGAAGGUUGUGUACCUGUUAUUUAUGAUCUCCUGAAUUAACAGGUGAUGGAAGCUGUAGAAAGAGUACCAUUUCAAGGUUUAAGAUUUUUAGCCACUUCUAGGAAGUUAGAUUAUGUGGAAUAUUUUGUGAACUUUGAACAGUUAUUACAAAAGUUAAAAAUCAUAUCCAUUUAAAACAAAAGAAUUGUUAUUUUUGAUAGUAUAGUUAGGCUUAGUGUUUUCAUGCUUUCAUAGUUUGACUCUUAGAAGUUGCAAUAAAAGAUUAUUUCAUUCAAUAAUUUAUUAACUCUUAAACCAGAUAAGGGGGAAGGAUAUAACAAUUUUUAAUAAGAAUGAUUACAUAGAAAAAACUUUAGCUAUUU